CGCGCCAGUUGGCGGCGGCAGCUGAAGGCAGGGGCGCCCGCGGGCUCGGCGGCGGGGCCAGGCUCAUGGCGACAGCGGUGGCGGCGGGGACCGAGUCGGCCGAGGGGCCCCCGGGGCCGGCGGCGGCGCUGGAGCUGUGGCUCAAUAAAGCCACUGACCCAAGCAUGUCAGAACAGGAUUGGUCAGCUAUCCAGAAUUUCUGUGACCAGGUGAACACUGAUCCCAAUGGCCCGACCCACGCGCCCUGGCUGCUGGCCCACAAGAUCCAGUCUCCACAGGAGAAGGAAGCCCUCUAUGCCUUGACGGUCCUGGAGAUGUGCGUGAACCACUGCGGAGGGAAGUUCCACAGCGAGGUGGCCAAGUUCCGCUUCCUGAACGAGCUGAUCAAAGUGCUGUCCCCGAAGUACCUCGGGUCCUGGACCACGGACAGAGUUAAAGGGAGAGUCAUGGAGAUCCUGUUCAGCUGGACAGUCUGGUUUCCAGAAGACAUGAAGAUCCGGGAUGCCUACCAGAUGCUCAAGCAGCAAGGGAUCAUAAAGCAAGACCCUAAACUACCGGUGGAUAAAAUCUUGCCCCCACCUUCUCCCUGGCCUAAGAGUUCCAUCUUUGAUGCUGAUGAAGAAAAGUCAAAGGUAAGAGUAAGAGGUCCUCUCUGUACCCUGCCUCAGCCCCGUUUCCAGGUCGUGUACGAGCGCUGUGAGAGGCUGCGGCCCACACUCUUUCGGCUGGCGAGUGACACUGAUGGCGACGACGAUGCACUUGCGGAGAUCCUGCAGGCGAGUGACUUCCUCACGCAGGGCGUCCGGCUGUACAAGCAGGUGAUGGAGGGCCGCGUCAGCGCUGGGAACACGGCGCCCAGCGCCGUGGGAGGCGCGCCUGUCUGCAAAGUUUUUCAGAACCCAGCAGGCUGCACGAGGAACUGCCUGAUUGACUUGGAGGCGGACGGUGGGUCUAAGCAGGCUGGGACUGGGACACCAUCUCUGCUUCACCAGGACCUGGCAGCCCUAGGACUCAGUGAUGGUCCAGCUACCAACAAGGCUGCCAGUCAGAGUUGCUGUGAGGAGAAGCCGAACCCCGCCAGCCCCACCACCGGCACCCCGCCAGCUGGAGGCGGGCAGAGCCCAUCAGCAGAACAGAGCCUGCUGGACCUCCUGUCCCCACAGCCACCUUCGGGCUCUCUGAAUUAUAUUCCACAGAAAAGUAUCCCUGAGGAAGUACCACCAGGUACUAAGUCAUCCCCAGGCUGGUCCUGGGAGGCUGGCUCGUUGACUUCGUCCUCGUCUUCCCAGAAUGCACCUCUAGCUCAAGUGUUUGUCCCUUUGGAGUCUGUCAAGCCCAGCAGCCUGCCUCCCAUUGUCGUGUAUGACCGGAAGGGCUUCAGGAUCCUGCUGCACUUCUCCGAGACGGGGGCCCCCGGGCACCCCGAGGUGCACGUGCUCCUGCUGACCUUGAUGAGCACGGCUACCCAGCCCGUCUGGAACAUCUCCUUCCAGGUGGCCGUGCCAAAGUCAAUGCGAGUGAAGCUGCAGCCGGCGUCCAGCUCCAAGCUUCCUGCGUUCAACCCUUUGGUGCCUCCAGCUGUGAUCUCGCAGGUGCUGCUGCUCGACAACCCACACAAGGAGCCCAUCCGGCUACGGUACAAGCUGACAUUCAACCAGGGCGGACAGCCUUUCAGCGAAGUAGGAGAAGUGAAAGAUUUUCCUGACCUGGCGGUCCUGGGUGCAGCCUAACUUUCCAAGACACACCCGCCAGUCAAGGUCGGGCCGUGUGACUGCCGCCUCCAUGGGACCGACCAUGGUGACCUUGUGCAGAGUGCUUGGAGCUGCUGACGUCUGCUCUGCAUGCCAACCUCUGACUUCCUGUAGACACCGUGUGUGGGUGUGUGUGGAGCAGUUUGGGGUGUGCACAGUGGAAAGUGCUGAGCCUUUCUGAGCACCAUCUGCUCCAGUCACGUCUGUUUCUGCAUGUGGGGGACACUGAUCUCCCUGCCCAGGGUUGGGGUUUUCUAAGCCAAAGGUGUUGUGUUUAUUUUUGUGUGUUGUUAUCUUUUCAAUCAUCCACUCUGUGCCUUGUCAGCCUUUGAAAGUCUUGGGUGCUCCCAGGCUGCUGUUCUCAGGGACCUUAGAAGGGGCCUGGUUGGUCUUGGGGCCGAGUGGCUUCCGGGGCACUCCCUUCCAGGAAGACCUCAGCUCUGUUUCCACUAGAGAGUGCUGCUUGCUUGUGCUUGGGAAGACCUAGGUGGGAUGCUUGCUGCUGCACUGUGCCUUCUCCAGGCGAGGGGCCGCCACUAGACCCGAGGACCACACUCGGGUGGCCAGUCAUGUUCCUCACCACUGUGCCUAAGCGUCAGCCAUAGAGGGACCUCCAGGGCAGGGAAGGCAGGUCCCCAGCCUUCCUAGGGCCUCGGGUUCCAUGGGUUGGGCAGCCUGUCUGGGCUCUCACUCAGGACCCUCAUCCUUUGUCCACAAGCAUUAACUUAGAGCCCUUUGAUGGUGACACAGUACCAGUCACUGUAAAUCGUAGCUGGCAGGCUCCCCCUGGUCUGUUGCCUUCACAAUCCAUGAGGAAAACUGUGAGCAUAUAGAUGUGAAAAGAGCUUAGCAGUGAUUUCAGUGGUGACGGAAUAUUGAAAGUCAUUCAAUAAAUACCUGUGUAGCAAAUA